UAUUUCCAGUGGCCGUAGCAUAAAGUUAUUUAAGAUAUCAAGAUGCCGUUUGAAAACUUCGGACGAGACACUCGUCGAUUUGUGUACACAUCAUCAAGAAUAAUCAUCACUCGUUUCCCUUUCUGGGAAGCAUUCAGUACUGCCAUGUUACUGGGAGAGUUGGAUGGGAGGGGAAGGUUGCACCAUGUUCCUGACUAUGCGAUUUAUGCUCACAUUGGAGUCUGCAUUAUACUUGGAAGUCUGAUGAGUUUUGAUGAAGGAAAAAGAAGAUUUGCUUCUCAGCUUUCAGCUGCUCAGAUGGCAUUUGUUGCCUUCGCAUCGUUUGGAAUUUGGAAUAGAACUAGCCAAAUGAUGGCGCUAAAGAUUGUUAGCAGAUAUCUCGGCGUAAUGGCAUCAUAUCUACUGCUAUCUGGUGGAUUUGCUGACAUGAAAGCUUCCCAUAGAAGAUUUGCACAGCUUGGCAACUUCACCGUAGGAAUGUGUCUGAUAUCUGAAGCUUACCUGCUUUAUUCAUGGCCUACAGAGAGGGCAAAGGUCAUGAGUUUGCUGCCAUCACAAUUGAUAAAUUUUGAAGAAAUCAUCGUCAUUGUGUAUUGUGCUCUCUUUUGCCUCUGUGCGUUCUGCUUCAUGUCUGGAUCAAAUCUCAACUCUGGUUCAAAGUGUGCUCUUGCUUUAUGGUUCCUAGUUGUACUAGCUAACCUAGAUUACAAGUACUGGGCAAACUAUGUGGAAUUGUGGACGCAGUUCCGCAUCAUUGCUGCUGAUAUUUGUUUCACUUCAUUAUUGGCAGUGAACUAUGUCAUGAGAUCGUAAUUUGACAAAUGAAUAUCCCAAGUUUUUUUUGCCA